UGCACCCUGCAGUGCUCAUCUAUCUAUAUAUCUUCCAUCUUCUUUGAUCCAUAAUAUUAUUUAUAUAUUUUGAUUGGCAAGAGUACGCGAUGGAGGUGACGACGAUGAAGGAGAAGUUAUCACCACAAGCGGCUGAUAGUAAGAUCUUUGAGGGAGAUGGCGGUUCCUAUCACAGUUGGUCUACUUCUAACUUUCCGUUACUUGCCCACUCCAAGGUCGGCGCCGGAAAGCUUCUUCUGCAUCCUCGUGGUUUCGCCCUCCCCCACUACAGCGAUUCCUCCAAGAUUGGCUACGUCCUUCAAGGCAGCUGUACGGUUGGGAUAAUAUCCCCCGGAACAUCACGAGAACAAGUGUUGACGAUUGAGAAAGGCGAUGCAGUCCCGGUACCGGUGGGAGUAGUGUCCUGGUGGUUUAACGGUGGGGACUCCGAUGUGGAUAUCGUAUUCAUCGGUGAAACCUCCAAGGCCUAUGUUCCAGGCGAAUUCACCUACUUCUUCUUGACUGGGAAGGUAGGCCUACUGGGCGGUUUCUCGAACGAAUUUAUUCGUCGAGCUUAUAAUGGCAUCACCAAAGAAGAAGCCAGCAAGCUUGUGACCAGCCAAACGGGCACUUUGGUCGUCAGGCUCGACGAAGGAAUUUCAAUGCCCAAUAUCCCUCAACCAUGCAACCACCACCACAAAAAACAACUAAUAAUCAGUAAUUCUAGCUUAACAGCUGCUGCUAAUGCUAAUUAUUCUACGUUUGAAGAAGUUGCGCUCAGCGCCAAGCUCGUAAAGCUGGAACCGGAAGGCGAAGCCGCAGUGCUCCCACCAACGUAUGCCGCAGAUUCGGCGGUUCAAGUUAGUUAUGUUGUGAAAGGCAGUGGUAGAGUUCAGCUCGUCGGCAUCAAUGGCAAGCAGGAAUUGGAUGCCCAAGUGAAGGCUGGGGACUUGCUUGUGAUACCUCCAUUCUACGCGGCCAUGGAAAUCGCAGAUCACGAACAAGGAGUUGAAUGCUUGUCUGUCAUUACAUCCUCCCAGCCUAAAUUUGGACAGCUUGGCGGCAAGACAUCAGUUUGGAAGGCCAUGUAUCCAGGGGCUCUGCAAGCUUCUCUUGGUACUAGUCCAGAAUUUGCUCAACUUGUCGUGUCCAAGAUGACAAGCAACACUCCUCUCUAAGUUCCUUCCUAGAACUUCUGAAGCUCUACGCACCAAAUAUGAAGCAUACAUUCAGAGCCGGUCCUGGGUUUUUGGAGGCCUGGGCAAAUUUUUUAAGUGUGCCCAUUAUACAAAUGAAAUAAAAAAAAUAAAAAUUAUUAAUUAAUUAAUUUUAUUAAAAUUAUAAGAAUUUACAAAAAAAUAAUUUGGGACCUCAUUAAAACCUUAUUUAGAGAAAAUCUAAUAGGAUAAAAUCCCAAAUGAAGGAAAAAGAAUACCUUGCAUUGUAAAUAUUGUAUUAAAAAAUGAAAACAACAUAUUUGAAUCUACAUACUUCCUCUCGAAUCUCCAUAAGCAUUUCUUAAUUUGAUCAAUCUUCCUUUCAUUUAGGGUUGUCAAAAAAUAUUCAAAAACUGGUAAACUGGAUCAAACCGGACCGAACCAUGCCUUUUGAAUUGGUUAUAUGGUUCAAUGGUUAGGUUAUGGUUUUAAAAAAUUAAGAACCAAUAUAUUUAGUUUAGUUACUAUUUUUUUUUUUUCAAACCAUGGUUCGAACC